AUGGAUGCGAAGCAUCUUGCGGCAUACUUGAAAGAGAAACUACAGAGGAGCGUAGAAAUUAUCCCUCCAAAGAAAGCUGAAGGCAGUGGAAACAAGAAGGAGAAAGAAGGCGGUGGCGAGAAGAAAGACGAUGCCAAAGCCACCACCGGUGGUGGAGAAGGAAGUGAGGGGAAGAAGGUUGAGAUCAACAAAAUGGAGUUCAAUGGGUACAAUCCAGAAACACACUAUGCUGUGCCUAUGUACAAUCAAAGUUAUGCAAAUCAAGGCUAUGGUGUGCCAAUGUACCCCCACCACCAAGAUUAUGCUUAUACUGGUCAUGCGGCACAUUAUGCACCAGGGCCGCCACCACCACCACCACCGACUUACUUGCAUGAAACUGAUCAAAUGUUCAGCGAUGAAAACCCAAAUGCUUGCUUCGUCAUGUGA